AAAUGUUGUGAGCCAAUACAUUUUUAUUUUUUGCGAUUUUUUAUUGUUAUUGCGCAUUGUUGUUGUAGUCGUAUUUGUUAUUGCUGCUGUUGAUGGCCUCCCAAUGCACAAGGCUGUGGCUGCGGCUGCUCGUCGCACUACUUCUGCUAUCACUCCUCGCCAGCCAUCAGUCGCAUGCCCUGGAGUUCAUGGAUGUGGAUGAGUCAGAGUCAUUGGGCCAUGGCACCGAAGAUGACCCCGAUGACUCCGCGGAGCUGCCCCCGAUUCUGCAUAACUACUCGAAGGACACCAUCGCCAAUUUCAAUCCACGCAAGGCGGACGCGCACUUUCGCACGCUCUGGGAGCGAGUGCCGCAGCAGAAGCAGGAGGUGAUCAAGCGCAAAUAGCCAAUGCAAUACUCAUGAGGACGGAUAAGAGAUCAAAAUAUCUAAACUAAUUAUAUUAUAUGUGUUAUGUGUAUAUGUUGAGCAUUGCAAAUUUGUUAUCGUAUGUAAGCUG